UCGAUUGCCUUGCGGCUGGUUGGACCAUGGAGAGAGCUCUUGCUUUCUUGUGUUGCCUUGGCGUGGCUCUGGGGGCAGGCACUCCGAAAGACAUACGGGAAGUUCUCAUCGCGCGCUGCAAUGCCUUCCAGGGGAACAGUGCAGUGAAAGAUGCUUAUGGGUCAUCAUGGAAAAAGCGCGAUUGCAGCAAAGUAGCAGACGACUUCAUCCAGGGCUUCAAGAACAAUAACCGGUGUGGCGUCCCAGACAAUGCGUUUGAUAAGGUCAUACAGUCCGCGAUGCAGCCCAUGCUUCCUAAUAAGAUGACUUUGUGGAGCGGUGUUCACGCUCAAUCGAAAGUCCUUGCUAAGGCCGAGGGACUCUUUACCUUGGAAAUGGGCACAUUGCUAGGCCAUAUGGGAGACGGGCUGACGUUCUGCGGCAAGAAGACGCCCCCAGGCAUAGACUACGCCUCCUGCCCAAAAUGGGGCGAAUGCACCAGUGGCGGAAAAGACGCCGUUGGGGUGUUUUGGCCGGCGAUCUCGAAAGCGCUUGCCACGAUGGCUAGAGGAGUAGUCCGGGCCCUUCUAAACGGGAGUGGGAAAUGCGGCCGCCUUCCAUUCAGGGACGAAAGUAUAUGCGCCUCCAUUGAGCUCGUGUACCUCAACCCAAAACAGGUGACCAAGUUGGAAGUCCUGCUUGUUCACCUCCCAGGAGAAAAAGUGGUUGAAACCUGCGCCACCGGAGCUUCCAUUAAAAGCAUGAAAGCUAGAGUGGAGAAGAAGGGCAUUGCCUUCAGCUGUAUAGAUGACCCCAAGCCCAUCCACGACAUCCUCUGCAAGGGAAGCCCAGGGGCAAAGGGUUGCUAAAUCGCGUGACACAAAGGGUGUCUCAAAGAAUUUGCUCUUUCAAAUCAAACCGAGCUGUAGAUUCCAAAAAAUAAAAAAACGAGAAAUA